ACUCACUGCUGGAAUGAAGAGUGACUGAGCUGGAGCUGAGGUCAAGGUAAAUCUCUGCUCCCAGUCAUUGCUGCAUCCUUCCCCCUUCCCUUUCCCUAGCUCCUCAGCAGCUUCUCCUGGUGCAAAUCCCCUGCAAAGACACUGAAGCGGCCGCCGAAGUUGCGGGGCGCAGGACUCCGGAGGCAUUGGCUCAGGAACUUUUCACGUCAUUCCCGGCUCCGGAGCCCCUAGUCGCGGCGGCGCAGCCUUUCCCACCGCGGAUCCCCGGUGCUCAUGGGGCAAGCAGAGACAAGCUUGCAGCACUGAGCCCAACAGGACCAGUCCGUGAUGUCCAGCACUAAAUUGGAGGAUUCCCUCUCUCGUCGCAACUGGUCAUCUGCUUCGGAGCUGAAUGAAACUCAAGAGCCGUUUUUAAACCCCACGGACUAUGACGACGAGGAAUUCCUGCGGUACCUGUGGAGGGAAUACCUACACCCGAAAGAAUAUGAGUGGGUCCUGAUCGCAGGGUACAUCAUCGUGUUCGUUGUGGCUCUCAUCGGGAACGUCCUGGUCUGUGUGGCAGUGUGGAAGAACCACCACAUGAGGACAGUCACCAACUACUUCAUAGUCAACCUUUCCCUGGCAGAUGUGCUCGUGACCAUCACCUGCCUUCCAGCCACUCUAGUUGUUGACAUCACUGAGACCUGGUUCUUUGGACAGUCCCUCUGUAAGGUCAUUCCUUAUUUACAGACGGUGUCAGUGUCUGUGUCUGUUCUUACACUGAGCUGCAUUGCCUUGGACCGAUGGUAUGCAAUUUGUCACCCUUUGAUGUUCAAGAGCACAGCCAAACGGGCUCGAAACAGUAUCAUCAUCAUCUGGAUUGUGUCCUGCAUCAUAAUGAUUCCUCAAGCCAUUGUCAUGGAGUGCAGCAGCAUGCUCCCUGGCUUAGCCAAUAAAACCACCCUCUUUACAGUAUGUGACGAGCACUGGGGCGGUGAUGUCUACCCAAAGAUGUACCACAUCUGUUUCUUUCUGGUGACGUACAUGGCACCUCUGUGUCUUAUGGUGUUGGCUUAUCUGCAAAUAUUUCGUAAACUCUGGUGCCGACAGAUUCCAGGAACUUCUUCUGUGGUUCAGAGAAAAUGGAAGCAGCCUCAGCAGCCGGUGUCUCAGCCCCGAGGGUCCGGACAGCAGAGCAAGGCCCGGAUUAGCGCUGUGGCUGCUGAGAUAAAGCAGAUCCGAGCGCGAAGGAAAACAGCCCGGAUGCUCAUGGUUGUACUUCUGGUCUUUGCAAUUUGCUAUCUACCAAUCAGCAUCCUCAAUGUGCUAAAGAGAGUAUUUGGGAUGUUCACACACACUGAAGACAGAGAAACUGUCUACGCUUGGUUCACAUUUUCUCAUUGGCUUGUAUAUGCUAAUAGUGCGGCGAACCCCAUCAUUUAUAAUUUUCUUAGUGGAAAAUUUCGCGAGGAAUUUAAAGCUGCCUUUUCUUGUUGUCUCGGGGUUCAUCAUCGCCAAGGAGAUCGUCUCGCCAGGGGACGCACAAGCACAGAGAGCAGGAAGUCCCUGACCACACAGAUCAGCAACUUUGAUAAUGUAUCAAAACUCUCAGAGCACGUGGUGCUUACCAGCAUAAGCACACUCCCAGCAGCCAACGGGGCAGGACCGCUUCAAAACUGGUAUCGACAACAGGGAGUAGCAUCUUCACUACUGUCAGCCUGGCUGGAGGUCUGAGAGAAGAGGCUGAGUGUCCAUGUGGAACCUCACCCAUGUCAUCUCAAAGAGAGAAUGGUUUACAAAACAGUUGCCACUGUGUUCUUAGUGGUGGUUAAAGAAGAUGGACCUUAAGGCACUUGUGUGCUUUAUAAGUGACCUGGAUGGCUUGAGAUUUUAAAACUUCCCAGUUAUCAAUUUAAUUUACUAAAGUUUCUGUUUUAUGGAAGCAGUUCAUUUUCAAGAAUAACUAUUGCCUGGAAGAAAACUGAUGAAUAAAACUGAUACAUAAAUGAAACUCUGGGAAUGGAAUCAUGAAGCAUGUAUGUAUUCCUCAACAUUAGGGCCCAUGAAUCCUGAACGAUUUGGAUUAAUAUGGUGACCUUCAUAGGAAAAAAUGGUUUAAAAAAGCAGGAGGCCCCAAAACAUAGCAAUGUUAUUGGGGUGCUUAACUACUUACCUCAUUGUGUGCUAAGGACACAAAUGAGAAGACUAUGGGAAAAGUUUAUUUUGGAGCUGAGUUAUGCUGAACAUUGGACGAUUUAUCUGCCUUUAUUUCUAUUGUAUUUCACACCUUCAAUGUGAGAUGUUAAUGUCAUUAGUUUUGUCACUAAUAAGAAUGGUGUAAUAAUUUUACCAAAUAUAUUUGAGUUUAAUGAUUUAUGAAUUUUAUAAUAUCAUAAAAAUCUUGAUAUUUUCAGUUCAUUCAUUUGGGGCUAAAUAUUAUUCCAAGUUUGUGAGGAAAAGAAAUGUGACUUCUAAAUUUUCCACAAUGUGGAACUAUUAAAUAGUUAUAAACUAUUGGCAAGUUUAAUGCAAAAGUGUUAGGCACAGUAAUACUCCGUUUCACUCCAGUGCACAUUGCUUCAGGAAGAAUAGUAAUUAUGUUUAUAAGUGACAAUAUGAAUGUGUCUAGAGAUGUUACUAAUCAUAACUGAAAUGAGGGCUAUUAGCACUUUGAUACAAUGUAACAAUAUCAGGUUUGCAUUAGCUGUGAAUCAAACAAGAAUCAACUCCAUUUCAAAAACAUGGGUAGUCCUUACAAUUAGAAGCAUUUCAAUGGAACUCAAUUUUCAGUGGAUAACUCUUCUAUUUCAUGUCACAAGUAAAAGCAUAAAUUCCAUUGGAUUAUUUUCAAAUAGUUUUCACAUUGCUUGAAACAAAAUAAUAGGAUGGGGGGGUCAUUAUAUAAGUAGGAAAGUAUUUACAAUCCAUUCUAUUACUUUAUGCAUAGCAGAAAACAAAGAACAGGAACAUGAAAAGAACUGUCAGUUCUCCAAGUUCAAAGGGAAUAUUUUUCUACAGUUUUAUGCUACUGAAAAGGGGAACAAAAGACUCCCCAACUUGCCACGUAUUUCUAUUCUUUUAAAUUUUCUUUGUGGGCUUUGGAGUUAGAAAACCUAGGUUUUUCAUGAAAUGUGUUUCUAUUAUUGUAUCUAUGUGUGUAUCAGCAUGUCAGUUGUUCAACAAGUAUACAUUUAAGGUCCUUUAUGCCUGAUUGUACUGUUUUCAUGAAGAUCUUUCUUAUCAAAACAAUGUGAUUAUAUGUCUCCCAGUGUGAAGAUUGAAUUAUGUAGUUUUUAAGUAAAAUAUUACUGAGAAGUCCAUAAUCACAUCUACAUUGUCCUGCUGUACUAUGUGAAAAAUUAUGUUGUUGUUCAAUACAUAAAUUGGAUAUUUGCUCAUAAUUAUUGUCAAAUCUUUGCAGUUAAGGAUUGAAUUAACCCUGGUGCCAUACUUGAUGACCAAAAUAUUUUUCCAAUAAGUUUAUAUAACCAGGGAUAAUUAUGAUAUAAAAGAUUUUUAAUAUUGUUUCUAAGAGGAGGUACUACAAUAAAGGUUAAUAUUAAGUACACAGAUAUUUCAUAAAAGUUAUACAAAGCCACACAUACACUUAUAAAAGUAAAAAUUGAAGCUUUUAUCUGAAUCAGAAUUUUCCUGUUUGUGGCUGAGAAUAAUGGCCCCCUUAAUUUUCAAAUCACUAUCAUAGUCUGCGAAUGCAUGAAUUAGUUUUCUCUAGGUAAUUAAACUUUUAAAUUAUACCUCUAGUUGGCUCCUCUUUUACCCAGUUGAUUCUCAUGACUUUAGAAUUUAGUGCAAAUGGUUUAAAUUUUUAAAACCAAUUCCUAUUCAGAACAUUUUAUUCUAACCUCUAUGAAAACAUAAAAUGAUCAAGGUAAACAUUUGAUGCAAGGAAGUAUGAUCGAAGAAAUAUCAUGUGGCUUCCCUGGAGGAAGAGAGCUAUUUUGAAAUGAGGUUCCAAGAGGAGGUUGUCAGUGGUAAGGAUAUUGUUGGCUAAUCCACAGUCACACACUAGACAUCAGCCCUGAAGAAUGGACAUAGCAUCUUGUCUUGCAUCCAAGCCAAUGGCCAUGCACCAGGAGUGACAGAGAACUUGUGGAUGUGUUCUCUGGUCCUGUACUCUUCACCUGAUUCUGGUUGGUCACCUGUCCUUCUUUUCUCCAAGUCCACCCUUGUCCUGCACUCCAAGGCCCUGGGGCUGCUCACCACCCUAAUAUUAUCAAAUUCUAUUAGGCUCACCUUGUCUUCUGAAGUGAGCAAGGAACAAAUUUCAGAACAAAUGGAUAAAAGCUCAAGGAAAAAGGAAAAUGAGAAAGGAAGAGGAGGAGACACUUCAGUUUUUACCAGGAAAUGAACGUGGAAGUGCUAGUGUCUCAGUGAUAGGAUGUGCAUACACCCAGAAAAAGCAUAACAAAGUCUUGUGUUAGUUCUAUUUUUAGCAAUUUGAGGAACCUUGCUACCAAUUUCUACACUGGUGGCACCAGUGUACAUUCCCAUCAGGAGAGAAAGAGAAGUACUGUUUUCCAUCAUUCUUGCUAACAUUUGCUGUUUUCUUGGUGACAAAAAUUCUGAUGGGAUAAUAUAGAAUAUCAAAGUAGUUUUUAUCUGCAUUUCCCCCAUGGCUGAUGAUACUGAACACUUUUUCAAAUAUCUAUUGGUCAUUUGUGUUUCUUCUUUUGAGAACUGGAGGAUGUU